AUGACGGAAAUUCGGUCCUCGCAAGCUGGUCUGGAGGAUCCGGAUCAGCUGGCUCGGAAUCGUCAUGUCUCAAAAAAUCACAAGCGGGAUCCCAGCCGGUCCGACGAGUCACCGCAACUACCAUCUGCGUCAAACGACCAAACCGAGUCUCACCCCCAACCCAAAUCAUCCGCGGAACAACCGUCCAUUAUCACCGAUGUGUCGGAAGCUACCGCGACCUUCCGCCAGGCCUUCCCCGGCCUUUACGGUGCCCGGACCCCCUCGAAUCGCUCGUCAUCGAGUUCCCUACAAGCCCUCAACGAAGGUAUUGUGGUCGAUGUCCGAUCGGAAAGUGGAAGCAUUGGAAGGACCACUCGACGAGCCUCGAGACAAUCGGAUCAUCAAUUACCAGUUUACCCCGAUCAGUCCUAUGCCUCCCUCCAGUCUCAGGUACAUCCCACCUGGCAACCACCCCACCUCGCAGAACCAGAACCGCUACCCAGACACUCCUAUGCCCGUGGUAUUCGUACCGCGGGUAACACUCCGCUGUCGAGCCCGGGGCUCUUCUCCAUGAGACACUCGCGUUUGGGAACGCCAUCUGCGUCGGACGAUGACAUCUCGGUGGGAAGCUCACUUCUCCAUCCAUCACACCUUCAGCCACCGAAAGAAACACACACCGCCGAAGUUGAUCGCGACAUGGUUACGGGAAACAAAACCAUCAAUCAGUAUGAGAUCCUCGAAGAGCUUGGACGUGGUGAACACGGCAAAGUGAAAUUAGGCCAGCAUGUUGCGACUAAGCAGAGAGUUGCCAUCAAGAUUGUCCAGCGGUACUCGACUCGCCGUCGGUUAGGCAAGUUGGGCAAUCCAGAAGACAAAGUGAAGAAGGAGGUGGCUAUUUUGAAGAAGGCGCGGCAUCCAAACGUGGUCAGCCUGCUCGAAGUCAUCGACGAUCCGAAUCGACAAAAGGUAUACAUCGUGCUGGAGUAUGUCGAAAAUGGCGAGAUUGUCUGGCGCAAGAAGGGUCUACGAGAAAUUGUCCACGUCGACAAGCUACGUCUUGAGCGGGAAAAGAAUGGAAUCCCAGACACUCCCGCGUUUUUGGAAGAGAGCCACCAAUUUAUUCGAACGGCUCAGCAUCUGCGGCGGCAACGGGAAAGGGCUCGCGAGCGGAUUGAAGCACAGGCUGCUGACGCCCAGCAAGGGCCAAUCCCCGCUUGGAGUUUGGAGCACGGUGCGGAAUCUUCAGAUGAGGAGGAUGAUGAGUCCGGUAUUCCCAUCAGGAGGUCAUCUAGCCGUUCUGUUGCAGUAACAGAUGACUCAAGCCCAUCCUUCACCCAGGACCCGUCUCUAACUGCCGUCGAGGGCAGCAUGUACGGCGCCUAUUCAGAUUACCCGUUCGAACGACGUUCCAGCACUGCCUCGAGUAGCUUUGGUUAUGCCCCCUCCGAACCCGAGUGGUCUGCAGAGGGCGAUGACAUGGCAUUCGUUCCUUGUUUGACUAUCGGUGAAACCCGCAGCGCAUUCCGGGACUCGGUACUUGGCUUAGAAUACCUCCACUACCAGGGUAUCAUCCACCGGGAUAUCAAACCGGCCAAUUUACUCGUCACCAGCACUCAUCGGGUGAAGAUCUCUGAUUUCGGUGUUUCCUACCUAGGACGCCCAAUGCGGGACGAGGAAGAAGAGCAGGUGGGCGAGACCGAUGCGACGGAGCUAGACGAUGCCCGUGAAUUGUCCAAGACUGUUGGUACUCCAGCCUUCUAUGCCCCUGAAUUAUGUUAUACCGGCGAUGACUUUGUGGAAACCAUUGGGUCGAUCCCCAAGAUCACUGGUGCGGUCGACGUUUGGUCGCUUGGUGUCACAUUAUACGGAAUGAUUUUUGGUCGCCUACCGUUUGUUUCGGAUGAUGGGUACAGCAUGUUCCAGACCAUCGUUAAGAAGGAAGUCUUUAUUCCACGGAAGCGCCUUGUACCCGUGAUGGAUGAGGCGUCCGACUCCAACCAGUGGAACCUGAGAAAUGACGAUGAGCUCGUCUAUGAGGAUAUCGACGAUGAGCUAUACGAUCUGCUCAUGCGUCUGUUGACCAAAGACCCCAUCAAGAGAAUCACCUUGAAAGAGAUUAAACACCACCCUUGGACACUCCAUGGUCUUCCCAACCCUCGAAUUUGGAUUGAGGAGACCGACCCUGGCUUCCAAAGUAAGGGUAAGCGAAUUGAGGUCUCGAAUGAAGAAGUUACAAGCGCUGUCAGCAAAGUCCCUUUCAUUCAACGCGUUCGGUCCAAUGUCGCCAAAUGGUUUGGCAGCGGUCGAUCGAAGGACAAGGAACCUCACAAGCGCACAUCGAGCACAACACCGUCUACCGAGACCCUGUCCUCUGCUGCAAGUAACAGCACAUUCGGGAAAACCUCCCGCGACAGUCGUCGGUCCAGUUUGCGAGGGGACGAGGAAUUCUUCCGGCCGCUCAAAUUUGGCAGUCAAGGACACCCGCUCGCCCAGAGCGUUACUGCAAGUCCGGUUGAUGAAGGCGAUUGGGCAUCUUAUUUCGAUGCCGUGCAACCAGCUGCAGCAAAGCUUGCAGCUGCGACCAAGAUUGCCCCUCCACGUCCUACCGUGACACCUCGACCUGGCCCUCCUCGUCGCGCAAAGUCCUCAAUGUCUACAGCAGAAUCCGCAAAGACGAUCAAGCCAUCCAGUUUCGAUGUCCCAUUGACUGCUCGGCCAUUCUCCAUCAUCGAAGCCCUAGGACCGACCAACUUGGGUAAUUUGUUCAGUGGGGCUACUCGGCGGGCAUCACGAGGCAGUCGCAGUCGGCGCACUUCUCCGUCUGGCGAGUCGGGAUCUCUGCAUGGGGAUGGAGAACGUCGCUCUGCUGAGCCUACCAUCGCUGUCAGCAAUGCGUCUGCCCAUGGUCAAGUGCGCACUCCCGGCUUGUGGCAUGAGGAGGAAAAUCCUUCUGCCGAGCAAUUGGCCCCUAGUCGUACGCACCGGCGCCAUCGAUCUUCGCAACUCGAGGAUACAUCACCUGCAGAAUCUCUCAACCUUACAAGGGAUGCACUCCUGCGCCGUAGACGGAGCGACAUCGACGCAAAUGAAGGCGGUACCUUGAGAGUUGACUACGCGAUGUACUCUACCGAAUCGCUCCUACUGCCUCCCAUCACUCUACCUACCAACCAAGGAUGUCCUGCUGACAACACCACCAAUGGGUUGGCCACUUCCACCUCGGCCACUAUCUCUUCCUCUUCUGCCGACGACUUCACUAGCGGCAUGUCCCAGAGUGCCUCACACCCCAGCAUUCCGUCGGUUGUCUCAAACGCAUCGUCUCUGUCCGGUGAUGGUUACUCGGUCAAGGGCAAUGACUUGGACGAAGUACCCUCUAUGCUCCGAACCGGAGAGACACUCAAACCACCUCGUCCGAGCUCGCCCCGGUCGUCCGAAGAGGACGAGUCGAGGUACUACUGCGAUGACGAGGACGAGGAUGAGUCGGAAGAUGAAGGCCUUGUGAUCGGAAAACGCAAGCCGCCUCCCAAGGCUGCUGCAUCGGAUAUUCCGUCUCAGCUAUCGAACUGA